GGCUAGCAAUCAGCAAAAAAGGGUGUCUCCCACGUUUUGCCAUUUUAUUUGCUGCUUCGGAUUCACGACGAGACAUUGUGUGGAUGAAGGAUGCGUGAGUGCACGGUGUCGAAAUCGAACUGUAAACGGGGAGUUUAAGUGAUGGAACAUAGUAGUCGCGGUUGAACAUCGAAUGGAUCGAAUGGUGCUGGAUUACGAACCCACUAUCACACACAGUGGAUAAUAAGUGUGCUAAGUAAUACCUUUACAGUACAUAAGUAAGGUGUAUUAUAAUCCCACACUGGGGAUGGAUGAAACGGCAUUAGCUGCCGAGGGGGCACUGGUCGUUGCGGGUGUUGCCCCUAGAACAAUUCUCGCUCAGAUAUCCGUUGCGCUCAUAGCCGUAGCAGUCACCGCGGUGUACAUUUUAAAGAAUUUACCGGACACACCACCAUUGGAUCACCCGUCACCGAGGACCAGGAGUCGGCGGGCAGUAGACAGGUCGCCGCAGAGAGACGUGCAGCGUCGCAUUGAGGGAUUCGGCGAGGAGAACGCACGAGAUGCCGUUGAUAAUGCGGGGGCGAGCACAAGUCGUCAUGAGGGAACGAGGGAGAAUGACACUGGAGCGAGUCACUCGAGUUCGCUGGAGGAAUACCGAGCCAUAAUAUCGAAUGAUGAUUACCAAGAUCUCUGUAGUACACCUGAUGAUGCAGACAAGAAGUCUGUAAAGAGGAAAGGAUCAAAGGAGUGGCCCACAUCACUUGAGAGUAUAGAUGAGGAAGAUGAAGAUGAGGAGUCUAAGACACCUAGAGGUGAUGCUCAAGGAGGAGGUGAACCCAAACCCAAGCAGAGUCCAACAAGGGGCUCGCGCGUACCCAAGUGGUAUUUCUCAAAAGCUUCAAGUGGCAUUCCUACUUUACCAAAAGACCGCGAUUACGAAGACCACUUUGAUAAUAUUCCAAACAAAACCUCAAGUGAGUAUAAUGACGAGGCGCGUAAAACUGCGAUCACUGGUUUCCGUGGUCCAUCGAUCGGCAUCGUUCAACGGAAACCAUGGCCUAAAGAUGGCGCUAUUGGCUCAUCAUCUCCAAACGCUCAUGAAUAUGGAGUGAAUAUUCAUAAUGAUUUCCAAACUAUCAGCCAAUCAGAGGAUGCAGAUUUAAAUAUCGCCAGAAAUAAUUUUCUCCAAAAAGGUCAGCUCACUCACGCUUCAUUCGAUCAAGCCGAAAGAAUUUACAUUCCUGAUAUUCGGAUACUUGAGCCGAAUGUCUCAUCAAACGGUUACGAGGUUGGCUCAGAGGGACCGGGAGGGGACGAGAGCGUAUGGGUGGAAACGCACGCCUCGACGGUAUGCCUACCAGAGAAAAGUCACGAUGAGAUAACAACCGAAGUUGUCCGGGUCACUCUAGACGAUGACGAAGACGAAGAUGUCAGCGAUGCAUCAAUGGAGAUAGCGCGUGUCUUUAAUACACCAACACCUAAGCCCCGUACCAGUGUUCCCCACACCCGUCCAGGUACCUCUCAUUCAACACAAGAUACCCAAACAGCCCCACCAAGGGUCACAAAAACGCCAACUUCUCAAAAAGUUCCUCAACAUUCGAGUUCGGACAUUGACCGUAGCCGACGCGAGGAACGUGCCUUGUACACGGGUGCCGGGCAGCGCGCUGCCGGGCAACCGUCAACAAAUUCCAAUGAAAGAUUAUAUAAACAAACCAAACUUGGCGAUUCGGUGACUAUGAAGAGUGACGCGACUCUAAAGCUCGGGGUACAAACAAGAACAAAUUUUAUAGAGAGGGACAAUAUUGACACUGUUGAUAAUACCCACAAUGGCUCAGCGGCAGGCUCCCUUCACGGCAAAACGCACAUUGGAUCUCGUGCGUUCACGCUUGUCGGUAGUAAACCCAAACCCGCUGAUGAACCUGUUACUCAAUCCGGUUUAAAUACACAUGUAAUCCAUGCGGAGAUAAAUUCAAUACCUGACACGGAGAACAGUGUUAGUCCCACUGACACCCAAACCGCCCCAUGGGGCCGAUCGGUAAAGAAAAUCCAGUUGCUGACGAGUCGAUCGCCUUACGGAAGCGGGACAACGAGUUUAUCAACAGGACUAUCAUCUGAUGAAAACAACAAACAACGGGUCAACAGUGCACAAAUUACAGCACAACUGGAAAGUGUGCAUCUUGAAAAACGCAGUGAAAUACGUGAUAACUUGCCAACUGCGAGCGCAGGGAGAAACUUCGAGACAAAAUCAGCAUUGGUUACAGAUGGAAAAGGAAUCCACACUGUGAUUGGUCAUGGGAAUGAAAUAGAUGGGAGGUCCACAUGUGAUGGAGACUCUCAAAGUGAAACUUCGGAGUUAGACGAGCUAAGAGCGACACUUACUGACAAUUUACCUUUGAAACGACCCAAGAAAUUGCUGCUGAACGAAACAACACAAGCUAAGAAGAGAGAUGUUUCACCCAUAAAGUCUGAAAACUCAGACAGUCGUGAGAACGAUCACGAACGUUCUGACUUGGAAGUUUCCGUAACUAGCCCGAGUGACGUCAUAUCCGAACAGCUCGAACGUCUUCGGAAAAGCAUUGACAAACUUAAAGUGCCCGACUGGUAUAAGAAAUCAAGUCACUAUCAACGCGUGGUAAACAAAAGACCGCAUGCGAAGUCAGUGGUGUCAGACAGCGACUCUGAACCGCGCAUGACAAGGAGCCCUUCGUCAUGUCCGAGUGAUUGUUGGAGUGUGACGUCAUCUGAUGACGCAGCAGCAAGCCAGCCACCCGUCUCUACGAAGUUAGCUUUCCAAUCCGAAGCCAAGUAUAGACGCGAUUUCCCAGCCUCCUUUUUAAACCAUGAGCCAAUCCGUAACGCAGUAUCGUGCAUUGAACUGCCCACUCGAGCCUCAAUAAAAACACCCGAUGGUGACCCCUUGAACUCCUCGACUCACGCUGACAACAAAGAUCACUGUCAAAGUGCAGAUGACACCAUUUACAGCCAACCAUUUCAUAAUCAAACAUCAUCAUCGCUAAAAGAUGUCAACUACGACGUUCCUCGCACCCAAUCAUCACCUUCACGUGGUCUGCGGCUGCGCAGUAAGUCCGUAGGGGAUAAUCUUGAUCAGAUAACAUACUUCGAUUCGCUUGCUGUAAAGAGGCUUGAGCGUCAUAAGUACGAUUCGAUCUUCUUUGUCACGGGUUAUCUUUGCGAUUCUGACGAGUAUAACUUAGAUGAAGGUACCCGGUCUAAAGGGAAUAACCCCGGUGGUCCCCCUAAUGACUCGGUAGACGAUAUGGAGUAUCGAAGGCGUACCUACGGGUCCAACACCACGGGCUCCUACCCCAGGGACUCGUCAUCACCACAAAAUGGUAACUUGCAAAACGGAAACGAAUUCAUUAAUAGUAGAAUCGAAAUUGAUCAAUUGUCAAAGGAUCGUGUAUCAGAGAGCAAACACUUCACACCGACAUCAAGUAGGCCUGAUUUAAAUGCUGCCAUGGGACCCCAGUCACCACGGACACCUGUCCCCGCACCACGGCGAAAUAUCAUGGGUAGUGCCGUGACGCGAGGGUACCCCCAGUUGACCGAUACUCAUGUGGAUGACGAACUUAAACCCGAUCCUCGUUACAACCAAGACGGCAGCAGAAACACGAAGAUAUCUCCUCGUUUCGCCAUGGUCACCCCGUCCCAUGGUAAGAAAGAAUCCCCCCGCAGCUCGCCAAUAAAUACCAGUCCACGGCGGACAAAUGUCAAGAUCUUAAUAACUGACACCACACUUGAAGAUGACGACAGCGAUCCGUCGAUUGGACGACAGAGUGACCAAGACCCUUCGUCCUCUGACCAGGAGACGGUUGUGGAAGCAACUUCAUGGACGCCACUUGACCUCGACAAGUUGAAGGAUUCAGAGUUUGCCGCUGUGGUGUCCGUCAUUACAUCAAGACACAUGCAGCCUGGAAACCGGUCUGGUAUGUACCUCCCCGGAAGUGGCUUCGUACCCCAACAAGAAGUCACCAUGGAGGAGAUCGUUGACAGCUUGCUUGGUCUGCCUUACCAAAGAGCAACAAGUGCUGUUGAUCUCAACAGCAGUGGAUACCGCGGCAGUAGUUCCACUUCCUCGCCCCUUACUUGCUCCACGCCAGACCUGAGCUCUUCCUGGAGUGCUGGCCAAGGCAGCACCUCAGUUUCUUCUUCAGACAAGAGUCACAGUGUUGAUAGUUUGUAUGGUGAAGGAGACACCAAUGUCCUCAACGCACUCAUCUUCGGCAGGAAAAGACUCGAUGGAGACGGUUACCCUAGUUACGAGGAAGAUGGAGGAGAUGCAGUAGGUGAUGAAAUCAUCAUGGUCAAGUGUAGCUACAAAAAAUGUGCUAAGACUAAAGAGCUCGAGGAGGCAAGGAAGUUUUACAAGACAUGUCAUAACUGUUACACAUACUACUGUUCCAGACAAUGUAGGAAGUUGCACUGGCCUCGACACAAGAAACGUUGUCUCUUUGGUCGUGUGAACAGCGCAUGUAAGCAUGUUCUCUAUCACAGUAGAUACAAUGGGCAGUUGCAGUCUGAUCUAAGUCGAGUGGCUCGUACGGGGUAUCUCUCUCGCGGACGGGGCGCCAUCUUGCUAAUCUUCCCGGACACCGAGGCAGCUGAGAACUACACCUCCAAGGGGUUCGACGCUCUCCCGAGCCCGCCCACUUACUCAACCGUCCGUGAGCUACAAACCUUUGACCUUUUCGGUGACCACAUGAAGUUUCUGCUGGAGAUGUGUUGCUCGUACGACCCUGAGAACAAGUUUGUCAUCAAUGUUGCUAUCAUGGCGAGCGGAGAACAGUACCGUGGUCAUCGGCCGAGGCGGACGGCAGAAAUGGCCGUCAAGAAAUGCGCCAAGCUCAAACUCAGUCUCAUGAACCACAGCACUGACCCAACAGGCAAAGAAGCAGACCAGGUCCCCGAUACUCUCAUUCUUACAUCACCAACGGGACCGCAGGGAGACGGGAUACUCGACCGAAAGGCAAGACAGGUAUGCUUUGUGCAUAUUCAGCGUCAACUGCGUCAGAGGGGCGUCAGUUUGCGUCACCAGCACGCGGAAAUCUACGACAAGCUUUGCCGGUGGGUGGAGCUCCACGAGCAUUUUGUGCCCGUAACUAUAUACCCAGUGGACGAAAACACGGGGAAAAGAUUCAUGUGUGUUUUGAUGCCCGAAUCGGAACCGAAUGAACUCGGCUGGGUCAACAAUCCAGAACUCCUUGAAGACAUUGACUUAGAUGCAGAACUUGAAAAACUUGAGAAUGUUGCUGGAUUGGUUGUCACUGAUUUAUAACUCUCUCCUUGAGACCGAACGGCACACUUAUACUUUCAAAAUCUCAAUAAUUUAUUGCAAAUUAAAAAAAUGCUCAAAGUGGAACAGCAUUUUGGAAUAAUGUUUUUGUUAUGCUCGUCAGAAAAUUUGAAACUAUUUUGAACUUUUUAUUUAUCAAACUCUGCGUGUCUUUUAAGUAGAUUUUUACAUUCGUGCCGAUGCAUUUUAUUUCAAGCAAAGUGUCAAUUUUUUGUUCUUCUUUUCGAUAUCAAUUUUACGCUCACAAACUUCAAUCAAAAGAUAAUUUAGUGGCAUUGACUGAGAACAUUUACCUGUCAGGUACACCGUUCAAUAUUUUAUACAAAACCAAUUUGACUGCAAUUGCCCGCGGUGAAUGAUAACACAACGAAGAGAUUUAUGCAAACAAUCUCCACCUUGGACAUGACCUCGCUGAUGGUGUUCGUUUUAAUCAAGUUCUUUGAUGAUGUGCUUCAAAAUGAGAAUGAGAACUGCCCAUCUGGUUGGAGGGGAAUAAAGAGCAAGGUCAAGGGUCAAGUGUCUUCUGAUGAGGAGGACAGGAUGUUGGUGAUGAAUGUGUUUGGUGAAUCAUUAGAUGGGAGAUGUCAAGGAAGACCACAAGAUGGGUCGUGCUCUAGAUAAGCCCCCAACCUCAGUUCGCAAGGACGGCAUCUUCGGCUGUGAUCUGAAGCUAACCAUCGGUGAAGCUAUCUUUCCGGCCUCACGCUUCUACGAGCAGUUUUCCCUCGACCUCCCCCGCCGUCCAAAUCCAAGGCUAGACCCAUCAACUCUGGAUCUGCCACGCUCGCUGUUUGUCUUGGAGCAGUCUACCGCUAUUUGAUCCAAAUGGAAUCCUUUUAGGCCGUGCAAGACAACUUAGUUGGACAUUGAUACCCUUCCUAUUGGAAACUUAGCGGGAGAAAACAAACCCAGCUGCCCUUGGGGAGAGUGGACAGGGUCGGUGAGCCUUCACUUUAAGUUACAGGUAGUGUGUACCUCAUGCUCUUGGUAGUUGAUCCGGAAGUUCAUGACCAUAACAAAAUACUUGGUAAAGUUAUUCGUGUAAAACAUUGCUAGAAAUUACACAAUUUGAAGACCGUUGUUUGUGAAUUUGUCACCCUUAAACUUGAAUGAGCAGGGCUUCAGUUGAGGCAUAAAGAUCGAAUUCACACAAGUCUACGCAACAAGUGUGUUUUUCUUUCAUUUUUUUUCUUGCAACCUCGAUGAUCAACAGUUCACCCAAAUUUCACAUGUUGGUUAAUUUAUGCAUUUGUUGGAAUACACCAAGUGAAGAUAUGGUUUUUGACAACUACCCAAAGUAU